AUGGCCUCCAACGGAUCAGUCGCCCCGUCGCACGUCGACAUCUCUUUUCCUGUCAACCGUCCUACACAGCCGGGCGAGUGGACACCCGAACUAGACACGAAGCUACGAGCUCGAGAAGCGUCCAACGUACAAACAAAGAGCGUCGAUGCUAUCACGCUUGAGUUUUUUCCUGGGGGAAAGCGCUCGCUCGUAGGAAUUGCGGUGCGUGCCUUCUGUCUAGGAUGUGCUGCCGUGUUUGGCUUCCUCAUGACGGCGCUCCUUGCAUACCAUGGUAGCCAGUUCUGGCGUCCUUGCUUCUUCCUCGGAACGCUGUCUAUAUUUCACUUCCUUGAGUUCUACACAACGGCCGGAUACAACACCCCGGGAGCAUUCGUGUCCUCGUUCCUCCUCACGAAUGGCACUCAGUAUCGCAUAGCCCAUGGAAUGGCUUUCAUCGAGACGUUUAUAACAACCUACUUCUUUCCAAAGUGGCAGACUCGAGUCAGCACUCCGUCGGUAAUUGCGCUGGGUAUCGCCAUGAUUAUAGUGGGUCAGGUCGUUCGGAGCGUUGCUAUGGCGCAGGCAGGCACCAACUUCAAUCACAAAGUCCAGUCGCGCAAGAAGGAGGACCAUGAGCUGGUAACGAACGGGCUGUACGCCUACUUCCGCCAUCCGUCAUACUUUGGCUUCUUUUGGUGGGGCAUCGGAACACAAGUCAUGCUAGGCAACGUAGUAUCCUUCUUAGGUUAUACCGGCGUCCUGUGGUGGUUCUUCAGUCAACGAAUAUCACACGAAGAGAAGCAUCUGAUAGGAUUUUUCGGUCACGACUACGAAGUAUACAAGAAGACUACUCGAGUCUGGAUACCUUUUAUCUAA